CUUGAAAAUUGAGCAGCCCAGCCCAAGAUCCGAUCAAUUGCUCUGCUCAGAGACUCUGGGAAGAAAGCUCUGUGGAACCAUGGGCGCUCUUCUCAAGCUCGUUGACGUUCUACUGUUCCUCGCCUUUCUCCUACUUGCAGUUGUAGUGCCUUUAAUCGAUUUCCAGGAGGUAUUCCCUAAAAGCUUUUAUCCUGAUUUUGUAAUCGAUCUCAAGAGAUGGUACGUCGCCCAAUCGGGGGAUUAUUUAAUGGCCGAGGCUCCUCAUUUCGUCGUUGGCCUUAUUUGGUUCGAGCUUCUUUUUCAAUGGCCUCUCUUGUUUCUCAAUCUCUAUGCCUUCUUGAGCUCCAAGGCUUGGUACAAGACCACUUGCUUGAUCUAUGGCGUUUCUCUCGUGUCUUCCAUGUCUGCUACGAUGGGUGAAGUGGUUGGAUCAAACCGGGCAUCUAAUACUCUGUUGACAAUCUACUGGCCCUUCAUGGGUUUGGGGGUGUUGGCCACGCUACGCGGGCUCGUGCCAUGCUCGAGCAAGGCUCCGAUCAACGGACCCAGACCAUCAAAUGGCAGGAAAAAGAGGGCUUGAAGUGCCAUCCUAGAUCGCCAAUGGUCUGUCCCGACUGAGCGUAUCACAUUGUCGGACUGAGGAUGUUGGUUCUUUAGGUAAUGGUGCAACUCUCUCUUUUAACCUUCUAGUAGUCUUUCAUUGUAUGAGUGGUAGUGGUUCAAUAUUUGAUCGUUUUAAGAAUAAAAUUGAGUUAAACCGAAUCGAAUUACAUGAAUGGUAUUAAUCCUUUUUUUGA